GCGGGCGGGCGGCCCCCCCGGCCCUUCGUUCCCUCGCCCUCGCCCCUUCCUUCCCGCUCGCCCCUGAUCUUUAAUGCAUACAUUCCCCGGCGCGGCGCGGCGCGGCUCGCCCUAAUCCUCUGGGCUCAGGGGCCCGUGGGGGCCCCGUCCCCCCCAGGCUCGGCGGCUUUAUAAGCGGCCCCGCGGCGCGGCCCCGCACUGCCGCCAUGGCCUCGGGCCUCAAGGAGCGCAGGAGGACGCCCGUGUCCCACAAAGUGAUCGAGAAGCGGCGGCGGGACCGCAUCAACCGGUGCCUGGCGGAGCUGGGCCGCACCGUGCCGCUGGCGCUGGCCAAGCAGGGCUCGGGCAAGCUGGAGAAGGCGGAGAUCCUGGAGAUGACGGUGCAGUACCUGCGGGCGCUGCACUCGGCCGACUUCCCCCGCGGCAGGGAGAAGGAGCUGCUCUCCGAGUUCGCCAACUACUUCCACUACGGCUACCACGAGUGCAUGAAGAACCUGGUGCACUACCUGACCACGGUGGAGCGGAUGGAGACCAAGGACACCAAGUACGCCCGCAUCCUCGCCUUCCUGCAGUCCAAGGCGCGCUUCGCCGCCGAGCCGCUCCUCGCCGCGCCGCCGGAGCCCGACGCCGCCUUCCCGCCGCCCCCCGAGCGCCCGCCGGGCCCCGCCGAGCCCUUCCCGUGGCCCUACGGUCCCCUGCCCGCCCCCGCGGCCCUGGGCGGCCCCGGGCAGCAGCGCGCCGCCUUCCUCCCGUCCGCGCAGGGCCUGGAGCGCCGCUACCUCGGCUUGCUGGGCCCUCCGGCCCCAGGCGCCUUCGGGCUGCCGCCCGGCCAGCACCCCCCCGUCGUGCUAUAGGGCCACGACGCUGCGGACUCUGCCUGGACGGCACCAGAAGAA